AUGUCGGACGAUGCGGAGCAGGCCGUGCCGGAGAAUCGCGGCAGCAAUGCCGCUAUCGCUGCCCGAGAUACUGAAUCGAUAAAUGAUGGCCGUGCGCUGGUAGCGCCGCAUAUUCGAAGCGGUGAUGUUAUCUCGCCGACCAGAGCGGUACUAACGUUAUCGAAGUCGAUGUUCAACGCUGGAUGUUUUUCGUUGCCAUUUGCCUGGAAACUAGGUGGUUUGUGGGUAUCGUUUAUUCUCACUUUUGUCAUAGCCGGUUUUAACUGGUAUGGAAACCACAUACUUGUACGUGCAAGUCAACAUUUGGCGAAGAAGUCAGAACGUUCAGCACUUGACUACGGUCAUUUUGCAAAGAAAGUCUGCGACUAUAGUGAUAUUCGAUUUCUCAGAAACAACAGUAAGGCAGUAAUGUAUGUUGUUAAUGUAACUAUUCUUUUCUAUCAACUUGGAAUGUGUAGCGUUGCCAUACUCUUUAUCUCAGACAACAUGGUAAAUUUACUUGGUGAAGAUAUCGGAGGUGACAAGCACACAAAAAUGGUUGUAAUGGCAACAGUGACAUUGGUGUUCAUAAUAGCAACGAACAUGUUCACGGAAAUGCGAGUGGUGUCAGCAUUUGCUCUAAUCUCAUCGGUUUUCUUCAUCAUCGGUGCCACUGUUAUUAUGCAGUUUACUAUCAGGCAACCAAAUCAAUGGCGGAGUUUGCCAGGUUCAACAAAUUUCACGGGUACAAUAAUGAUGAUCGGAAUGAGCAUGUACUCCUUCGAAGGACAAACAAUGAUCCUCCCGGUCGAGAACAAACUGGAAACACCUGAAGCAUUCCUGGCUCCAAACGGUGUUCUUCCGACAACGAUGAUUAUUUGCACGUGUUUCAUGACAGCGCUUGGCUUCUACGGCUACACAGGAUUUGGUGAUAAAAUUGCGCCGACAAUUACAACAAAUGUGCCAAAAGAAGGCUUGUACUCGACCAUCAACGUGUUUCUAAUGCUACAAUCUAUGUUGGGCCAUUCGAUUGCUAUGUAUGUUGUGUUCGACAUGUUCUUCAAUGGAUUCCGAAGGAAAUUCACAGCAAGAUUCCCAAAUUGCCCCAAAUUUGUAGCAGAUAAGGGAUUCCGACUAUUCUGGGUCAUGGUUACUUACUUGAUGGCAGUUUUAAUCCCAAAAUUGGAAAUUAUGAUCCCAUUGGUGGGUGUAACUAGUGGAACGCUAUGUGCUUUGGUUUAUCCACCAAUAUUUGAGAUGAUUACGUUUUGGACAGAUUGGAAGGGACUUUUAACCUACCGAGAGCGGAUGUUCAAAAUAGCUCUGAACUGUUUUGUGAUUUGUGUUGGGUUCUUCGCCAUUGGUGCCGGAUUGUAUGCAAAUGGUUUAGCAAUUUACCAAUCAUUUUCUAAUGAUUUCUCAUCGGUAGAAAUUACGAUGAAAAUGUUGACUAUCAUCGUUCUUGCUGCUGUAACUGUUGCUCUAGGUUGGGCUGACAGUAACACGGAGAUUUUACCGGCCGAUUGCGAUUGUCGUGAUUGGUAUGGCGCAUGUCGACGUUACGGUGAUAAAUGGACCGACGAUGAGACAUGGAUGUACGAGUGCAAUGGACGAAAUGGAACAGAUGCACGUCUUGUUGCGUGCACAACCGCAACAUCCACGAAAGAGGGAGUACCUGUUGGGGCGAAUCGAACGGUGGGACUACUAUGGUACAGUUGUGAUGCGAAUGAGCUACGAUUGAAAUAUGAUUCAGAACCACACUGCUUAGUAAACGGUGAGAUUAGGAAGGUGCGCUCCGAAUUUCGUGACGGGCGAUUUCAAUGGCUAUGUUUGGAAACGGGGCGUUGGGUUAUCGGGUGUUACUACGCGAAUGAAACGCAUCCGGAUGUCUACCUGAAAAUCGGUGAACAUGGUUUCAAUGGGGUCAUUAAACAUGUAUGCGAUCGAUAUGAAGAUUAUCCGGGACGUGUACAGUACUAUGCGGAGGUGGACAGAUGGUUACAUGAAAGUGCAUCGAUGUUCAUUGCAAAUGUGGAGACGCUUCGCGGCAAGAUACGGUAUCUGCCAGCGUCACGGCGUCAAUGGCCAACCGGACAACAUUAG